AUGGAAAACCCUUCUGACGAUGAAGCGGAAACCCCCAAGUAUACACUCGUGACUGAAAACGGCACAAGGCAACACAGUUCGCGAGAGUACACCGGAUUGGGAAGAGCGACGUACUAUUUCGGCGAAGGAAAGCGGGAGGAGUUCGAAGGCCAUUACCUCAAUGGAGUGCGGGAAGGAAAAGGCAGCUACCGGUACGCGAACGGUGACUCCUACGAAGGCGAUUUCCAGCUGAACAAGAAAAACGGAAUCGGGACGGCUUGCUAUAAAGAACAGCCUCAGCAAGACGCUGAAGAGGACCAGGCGCUGGGUGAGGCGUCUCCGAAUUUUUCAACCUACAUGGGCCACUUCCGCGAGGGGAAACGCGACGAGAGCGGAGCGCUACUGUACGCCAACGGAGAUGUCUACAUUGGCGGUUGGAGCAAUGGGAAAAAGUCGGGGUUCGGCAGGUACAGAUUCGCGUCGGACAAGUCCCAAAUGGUAGGCGUCUGGGAACAGGGCCGGAUGAAGUUCGGUCGAUGGCACUUGCCUUCCGGCGUGUACUACGCGGGAUCUUUCAAACGGAACAAACCGUGCGGCAAGGGAGUUUGGGUCUUCCCGCAGAGCGGAAACCAGGUCGUCGGCGAGUACAUCCAGAAGGUGAAGGAGGCAGCCGCGGACCCCGACGAAGAGGGACGUGACAAGGGCGAGGAAAGUUUGCCUCUGGACGAGCUCCUUGAAAUCGAUUCGAUCGACUUCGUGUGUCGGUCGUGUACCUCACUACGCGGCUGA